CCCUGAGCGUCUUGCUACGCGAACGAAGAGGUCGCAGACCAAACCAAUCGAUCACCGAAAUGAUCUGAAAGGGAACAUCGCGAUCCCCGAGCGACAGAUCUGGCUCCAUCAUCUACACAAAAAUACACGAACUCAACGCGUUUAGGAAGCUGCUGGCUGAUUCGAAUCUGUACAAACUAAAAAAAAAUUAAAAAUUUUCAAUGAUAUAUACCUCCCAAGGGUUUAGAUGGUGGUUUAGAUGUUAACAAGAAAUGCUUCACACCUCCAGGGAUGCAUGUUCUCCGCGUGUUUCAAGGGUUUCAUCCGGGUAGUCCGGUUUAAUCCCACAGUCCAAAGACUUGAAGGCUGAUUUCCAAACUGUCCGUAGUGAAUGUGUGUGCGCGAUUGUGCCCUGCGAGACGGGUUGGCACCCCGUCCAGACCGGUUGGUGUCCCCGUAUUGUGCCCGAGUUCCCUGGGAUAGGCUCCGACACGACCCUGUGUAGGAUAAGCUACAUAAGGUAUGGAAAAGGGAUGGAUAGAUGGAUAUACCAAAGAACCAAAUAAUAUACCUAGAUAAAAGACUGUGCUGGCGUGCUGUUAUAGGAACAUGAUCAAUGACAGGAUGGUGUGAUGAAGCAGAGUUAUUAAUCAACAACAUAUAUGAGUGAUGACUUGGGUUAAACAUUUUUGUUUUUGGCAGGGGGGUAGGGGUGUUCACUGUUAAGAAUUCAACAGUGUUGUGGUCCAUCCAUCUAUUCCUUUUCUAUACCGCUUAUCCUACAGGGUCGCAGGGAACCUGGAGCCUAUCCCACAAGGCGGGGUACACCCUGGACAGGGUGACAAUCCAUCGCAGGGCACAAUCACAUACACAUUCACACACCCAUUCGUACACUACGGACACUUUGGAAAUGCCUUUUGGAUCAGCCUACCGUGUAUGCACAGGGUAGGAGUUGCAAUCGAACCCGCAACCCUGGAGGUGUGAGGCUAACCACUAAGCCACCGUGCGCCCAAGUGUUAUGGUAUAUACAUGUUAUAUAUAGUUUAUACAUAUUACACAUUCAGUCCAGACCCCAUGAGCAAACAUUUUACUAUUUCUUAUCUUCAGUAACCACUUUAUCUUGGCAGGCUUCAUGGUGGAUCCAGAGCCUAUCCUGGAAAUACUGGUCAUGAUGUGGGAAUGCAUCCUGGACAGGAGAGUGUAGUCCAUCACAGGGCUCCAUGCACGCACAUUCACACCUUUAAUAUGCAAUUCUUAGCCCACAGGUUCCCAACCCCUUGCCCUGCACAUUUUAAUGUUAUUGUUUGUUUUACCAGCUCCCGACACACCUGAUUUAACUAAUCAGCCAAUCCACCUACUGGCAUGUUUAUGGGAGGAAACCAGAGACCCCAGGGGAAACUCACACAGACACAGUGAGACCAUGCUAAACUCCAGACUGGCAGUAACCCAACAUCAGGAUUGAACCAAGGACCCUGGAGCUGUGAAAAAGCAACGCUACCCCGCACCAAUACGAUGCCUGCUUUCAAAAGCAUUAUAAUUUCCCUUCACCGGAACUAAGACGCCCUGAACCUGUUCCACAAAGCGAGGAGCUCCAUGGAGUCUUAAGUGACAUUUUAUCCAUAAAAUCCAGGAGAAAAACAUGCAGGCUUUUCUGAAAGGAUCUACACAAGGUGUUAAACCGCAGAAGGACAAAGCUACAGCUUCGAGCAGUGGAGAGAAUAAGCGACAGAAACCAGUGCCAUGGGUGGAGAAAUACAGACCUAAGUGCGUGGAUGAAGUCGCCUUUCAAGAGGAGGUCGUUGCAGUUUUGAAGAAAUCGCUAGAGGGCGCUGAUCUCCCAAAUCUUCUGUUUUAUGGCCCACCUGGAACAGGAAAGACUUCCACUAUUCUUGCUGCUGCCAGAGAGCUUUAUGGUCCAGAGCUUUACCGACAGAGAGUGCUGGAGCUGAACGCCUCGGAUGAGAGAGGGAUUCAGGUGAUCCGGGAGAAAGUGAAGAAUUUUGCUCAGCUCACGGUGGCUGGUACGCGGACAGAUGGGAAAUCAUGUCCUCCGUUUAAAAUCAUAAUUCUGGACGAGGCGGAUUCUAUGACCGGUGCGGCCCAGGCCGCGCUCAGACGCACCAUGGAGAAGGAGUCACGCACGACCCGCUUCUGCCUCAUCUGUAACUACGUCAGCAGAAUCAUUGAGCCUUUGACGUCCCGCUGCUCCAAAUUCCGCUUCAAACCCCUCACCAACGAGGUCCAGCAGGAGCGUCUGCUGGAAAUCUGUGCGAAGGAGAAUCUCAAAUACAGCAAAGAGGGGAUUGACGCGCUGGUCAAAGUGUCGGAGGGAGAUCUCCGGAAAGCUAUAACGCUCCUGCAGAGCACGGCCAGGUUCGGCGCGGAGAAAGAGAUCACGGAGAGCCUCGUCAUAGAGAUCGCAGGGGUGGUUCCACCCAAAGUGAUUGAAAAUCUGCUUCAGACCUGCUACAAAGGCAACUUUGAAAAAUUAGAGGUUGCCGUGAAGAAUUUGGUAGAUGAAGGCUACGCUGCUACACAGAUCCUCAGCCAGUUCCAUGACGUUAUUAUAGAGGAGAAACUGGGUGAUAAACAGAAGUCUGUCAUCACUGAAAAGAUGGCUGUUGUCGAUAAGUGCUUGGUGGACGGAGCUGAUGAAUACUUGCAGCUGCUGAACCUCUGCUCCGUGAUCAUGCAGCAGGCCACACAGAGCGCCUGAGCUCGCCACGAACCUUCAACACCUGCUCUCUAUCUCAAGUAGAUUUAACUCAUUUUGUACAUUUAAAAAAAAAAAUUGUAAUUAAAAAUGUUUUCUUAUACUUUCUUUGCUUGUUGCAUCUCUGGCUAAUAAAUGUUCGAUGC